AUCGGGCGAUUAUAAUAACUUGGAAUGCGGCUCUUUGGAGCGCGCUCGGCUGCGGCAGUGACUUCGCUGUCCGGGUGCGGGUCAUGUGCCAGAGAACCUAGCUGUCCCGCACAGCCAGACGAUUGACGCUCCGCUCUCGCUUACCUCUACCCCGCCAUGGAGUCGUUGGCUUUCCCUCGGCGCCCGGGCCCGGCUGCCUCUGCCACCGCCACCCUGACGGCGGAGCUCGCCCGGCCACUGGCAGACGGGCUCAUCAAGUCUCCCAAGCCCCUGAUGAAGAAGCAGGCGGUGAAGCGGCAUCACCACAAGCACAACCUGCGGCACCGCUACGAGUUCCUGGAGACCCUAGGUAAAGGCACCUACGGGAAGGUGAAGAAGGCGCGGGAGAGCUCAGGGCGCCUGGUGGCCAUCAAGUCAAUCCGGAAAGACAAAAUUAAAGAUGAGCAAGAUCUGAUGCACAUACGCCGGGAGAUUGAGAUCAUGUCAUCCCUCAACCACCCCCACAUCAUCGCCAUCCAUGAAGUAUUUGAGAACAGCAGCAGGAUCGUGAUUGUCAUGGAAUACGCCAGCCGAGGUGACCUGUAUGACUACAUUAGUGAGCGGCAGCGGCUGAGUGAGCGGGAUGCCCGGCAUUUCUUCCGGCAGAUUGUGUCUGCCGUGCACUACUGCCACCAGAAUGGGAUCGUCCACCGGGAUCUCAAGCUGGAGAAUAUUCUGUUAGAUGCCAAUGGAAAUAUCAAGAUCGCUGACUUUGGCCUGUCCAACCUCUACCACCAAGGCAAGUUCCUGCAGACAUUCUGUGGGAGCCCCCUCUAUGCCUCACCUGAGAUCGUCAACGGGAAGCCCUACAUGGGCCCAGAGGUGGACAGCUGGUCCCUGGGUGUCCUCCUCUACAUCCUGGUGCAUGGCACCAUGCCCUUUGAUGGGCAGGAUCACAAGACGCUGGUGAAGCAGAUCAGCAACGGGGCCUAUCGGGAGCCGCCUCAGCCCUCUGAUGCCUGCGGCCUGAUCCGGUGGCUGUUAAUGGUGAACCCUCUCCGCCGAGCUACCCUGGAGGAUGUGGCCAGUCACUGGUGGGUCAACUGGGGCUAUGCCACCCGAGUGGGGGARCAGGAGGCACUGCGUGAAGGUGGGCACACAAGCAGCGACUCCGCCCGGGCCUCCAUGGCUGACUGGCUCCGCCGAUCCUCCCGCCCCUUCCUGGAGAAUGGGGCCAAGGUGUGCAGCUUCUUCAAGCAGCACGCGCCUGGCGGCAGCGCCACACCAAGCCUGGAACGCCAGCAUUCACUCAAGAAGUCCCGCAAGGAGAAUGACAUGGCCCAGUCUCUCCAGGGGGACCCUGCCGAUGACACUUCCCCUCGCCCAGGCAAGAGCAACCUCAAGCUGCCCAAGGGCAUUCUCAAGAAGAAGGCGUCGGCCUCAGAGGGGGCCAGGGAGGACCCUCAGGAGUUCAGCUCAGUGGCGGAUGGCCCAGGGCACGUGGCGCCCCUGCUCCCCAGGAGGGGCAUCCUCAAGAAGCCUCGGCAGCGUGAGUCUGGCUAYUACUCCUCCCCAGAGCCCAGUGAGUCUGGAGAGCUCUUGGAUGCAGGUGAUGUGUUCAUGAGUGGGGACCCCGUGGAGCCMAAGUCCUCUGAAACCUCAGGGCUGCUCCUCCAUCGCAAGGGCAUCCUCAAACUCAAYGGCAAGUUCUCCCGCACGGAACUGAAGCCCCCCACUGCCUUUGGCUCUCUGGAUGAACUGGCCGCCCCUCCACCGCCAGCCCGGGCCAGCCGCCCCUUGGGUGCUGUGAGUGAAGACAGCAUCCUGUCCUCUGAGUCUUUUGACCAACUAGACCUGCCUGAUCGACUCCCUGAGCCCCCGCUGCGGGGAUGUGUGUCUGUGGACAACCUCAUGGGACUUGAGCAGCCUUGCUCAGAGGGGCCUGGCAGCUGCCUGAGGCGCUGGCGGCAGGACUCCUUGGGYGAUAGCUGCUUUUCCCUGUCAGACUGCCAGGAGGUGACACAGACCUACCCACAGUCACUGGGGGUCUGCUCAAAGCUCAGCUGAGGGGCAGUGUGCAUUGCCCCAGCCCGGGCAGGCGCUGAGAUACAACUGGCUGCACCCUGAGCAGGGAGYGCCUUCUCCCUGCCUCCCAGGGCCAGCACCCCAGCUCAGAAGACUGAGGUGGUUGGGAGGGCUAGAGGGGAGAAGUGGGCACAGGAAUGCAUCAAGAGUUCAUUGUCUUCUGCCCCAUGAUCCUGGAAAAUAAUAGCCAGGGAAGAGUAGAGAAGCAGAGAGGGAAGGACUGAGACSGAGUCUGGGUUACCUGCAUCUUGUGCCCGUGAUGGGGCUGCAGACACCUGGAAAGAGUCCUUCAACAGCUUCUGUCCUCUUCGUUGCCAUGAGGAAGCUUGAGGUGUGGUGCCUUUCACCUGUCAAGGUGGGGACGGACCAUCCUCACACAAGUUUGAAUCCCCAUCGACCUCUGGGGCUAGAAUGUGGUACCUCUAAAGUACCCGGGGCAUCCUGGGAGUGAUCUGGAGUAACCCUCCCUUAUUUAUCUAGGAGUAAGAGAACACAGCCUCUGUUUCCUAAAUGGUUCCUCAAAGGUUCUCUUCCCUUUUCCAUCCUCCAAACCUGGCCUGAGCCUCCCAGAGUCGCUGCUAUGAAUCUUAAAAGACUUGAAAAGGCUCAGGCCACUGCUUAACUUCAUCUCAAGGGGCCCAGACUCCUCUGGACCCCACCUGAGACCUCASAGACUGGAACUUCUUCCUCCAAGCUGCUCUGGAAGUCUAGGUUAUGGGUGCCUCUGUUUCUCUGGACUUUCGGAACCUAGAAUGUCCUUAUUUAUUUUUCUGUUCUCAACUCUGUUGUUUUUUUUUUUUUUAAGUGAAUUUUGCUUUUUACAAUAAUGUGAAUGCCAUGUUCUGGGGAAAUCCAUCAUGCCAUCUAAACUUCCGGUACUGAGAGGUGUGUUUGCAAUGAUGCCCCACAGAUCAGGGGAGGGGGUCCUUUGAUACACCCACAUGU